CCCACACAGCCGCCGUGCGCGGUUACGUUCCCUGUUUUGGGAAUUUUUUAUUUAUGGCACGCGCGCUCCCGACGACGCGCUCUGUAGCUCUGGGACGCCGACUACAAUGUCAAACCUUCUAGGAGUUCCACAAAUUUUUACACCAAGGGCAGAAGAUCCGUCGUGAUUUGAUCUUUUAUUUUUAUUUUUUGACCACAUUGGCUUUUCACUUGAAGUGAUAUAUAUAAUAUUCUUUUUUGUUUUGUUUUUGCGCAAAAGUGAUGAGGGCUGCACAAUAACCUAAGCCAAGGUCUAUGUUAGAGCGACGAAGACAGAAAUGGAGGUGAAGAGGCGAAGAGACUCCAGUGGGCAGUUCUCUGACAACUCGGACCAUGACUGUGAGGUACAGAGGAAAGCAGCCUGAAGUGUAAUGAAUGUGGGAAAAACAGGGCAAUAAUGGCCAGAUACUCAGAGGGCUACGGCACUGAGGAAGAGUGCGGCCAGUCCGAUCCUCAGCGAGAGAGCGAUGCAGAUGCAGACGUAGAGGAUGCAGACACCAGACAACAAAUCGUGGGUUCUCUCCAGCGAAUCAGCUCUCGGAAGCGAAGGCGUCAGCGGGUAACUCGGCAAGACACCACAGAGAGCGAGGACGAUGGAGGACAGAGCAGACAGAACCACCGCUGGAGUCUCAGACUGAGUCCCCAUCGCUCCCCCAGCAGAACCAUACUAGAGGAAAGUGUUUCUCAGGUCAGGCCAUUGGUGAUUUGUCACUGUAAUCCAGCAGGUACCCCGGUUGCUCCGGACAACCAACCCGAUACAGGAAAAUGGUCACCAAAUAUACAGCCUUUCUCUCUCUCUUUACCGCUUCUCUUCUUUCUUUUUGUUCUCCCCCUCUUUAUUUCGAUCAUAAUUGUGUUCUUUUCAUUCCUCCUCCCACUCACUAAUACCUGAACUCCCCUGAAACAGAUACCUCAAGGAAGUAGUUAUUUUGCUAAAGUGUACUAUGAGAAGCACAAAAACUGGCCCUUGAAUUGAACAGAAGUACAUGUUAACUAGUGGACAUGAGUUGCAUUAAUUAUCCGAAGCCGUUAUGUAAGAGUUUCAUUGUAAUGUCUGCACUAUUUAGUAAAACUUUGGAAAGAACUCAUUCUUUAUUUUUAUUUUUUAUUGAAUUCACUCCUUAUUCGUUUUUGUUAUCUUGAAUUUUUAAUGUUUAUUCUCUCACAGUAAUCCACUGCAUUGCAUUUAUUAAUAGUUUCAAAUGAUGAAAUCGCUAGUUAUUACGGCUUACACGGUUGUUUUUAAAGCUCAGAUGUUAUUUCUUCCUGUAUGUGUGUGUAAAGAAUGUUUGAGGGCCAAAGAAUCACAGUAACGUAAAAGACUGAAAAGGGAAACGAAUUACUAUGCAAUGUACAGCAAGUCUUUUGAGUUAUGAUUAUGAUAGAAAAUGCAUUUUUUUUGUGAACGCAUGGCUGAAGUGAUGUUGAAGCAAACCUCAACUGGCGCAUCGAGUCUGCGAUAAGCGGCCGAGCCUAUUACUUAUGUCGAUUUAUUUUCGCAUCAGUGUUAGCAUUGACGAUUUAAAUGCUAGUUACGUUCAAGUGAGGAGUACAUCUAAUGUCAUUUUGUUCCCCUCUACAUAUCUUAAUAAUGACCCUGAUGCAGUUGCUCAGGAAUGAUCCUUUUCAGUAUUAUGUUUUAAUGCUAUUCAUUUUGUGCCAUUAAUAUUUUUUUGUCCAUGCUUUUUUUCUUAAAAUGAGGUGUACGUUUGUGAACAAUUUGGGUCCAUUUAAACAUAAAUAAAAAAAUAGCUUGAAA